UGUAAGGCUUUAAAAACUUGAACCAUCUCCUCUUUGUUAACUUUCGCUCUAUUUUUGUUUUGUUUUUUUUUGAGCUAAUCCAUAAUUCUUCUUCAAAGACGUCGGAGAUGGAUUACAGACCCACGAUCAUGGUCACCAACGACGACGGAAUCGACGCGCCGGGCCUGCGAGCUCUGGUUCAGGUUCUCGUCUCCACUUCUCGCUACAUUGUUCAAGUCUGCGCUCCUGACUCGGAAAAGUCAGCUGUUAGUCACAGCAUCACUUGGCGCCACCCACUUGCUGUUAAGAAAGUAGAAAUUGAAGGAGCCACUGCCUUUGCAGUCUCUGGAACUCCGGCAGAUUGUUCUUCUAUUGGGAUCUCAAAAGCAUUGUUUCCUUCAAUUCCUGAUUUGGUAAUCAGCGGCAUUAACAUGGGUAGCAACUGCGGUUAUCACAUUGUUUACUCCGGCACAGUCGGUGGAGCUCGGGAAGCUUUUUUUAAUGGUGUACCUUCAAUCUCUGUAUCUUAUGAUUGGGUUGCCGGUAAAAGCCAUAAUGACGACUUCACACUCUCUGCUGAGGCUUGUUUACCUAUCAUUGAUGCGAUUUUGGUAGAGGUCAAGAACCAUACAUAUCCAAAAAGAUCCUUUUUGAAUAUAGAUCUGCCAACAGAUGUUGCUAAUCAUAAAGGAUAUAGGCUAACUAAGCAGGGUAAGAGCAUAUUCAGAAUGGGAUGGACAGAAGUUUCUUCUGAUUUGCAAGGAGCAAAAAUGUUGUCAACCAUGACAAUGGAAACAGAUUCAGCAGGGUCUGCAGAAGUUGAUACUCCAACUGAAUCAGCAGACUAUCGAUUCUUCCAAAGACAAGUUACGGGUGCUCAAUCAGAUAAGGAGGAUGAUACAGAUCACCAAAUUUUGCGAGAAGGAUAUAUCACUGUCACUCCCCUUAGCGCCAUCUCUCGUGCUGAGAUGGAUUGCCAAGCCUACUUCAAAGACUGGCUACCAAGAGUUGCUGAGCGCUUCUCUUCAUCAGCACUGUGAUGCUUUAAGAUACAUCUUUUGAAUAAAAUUCUAUCCUAUUGACUAGGCAUAAAAUUUUCUCUCAAAUAAUAUAUUAGUUUUAGCUGGAGAAACGCAAUUAUCCAUUUUAGUUAUUAAAAAAAAACCAAAUUCUGAUUGAUGCAGGUUUGACUGCAGCAGAACCUGAUUGAAAGAGCUGUUUUGGAUUUCGAUUGUGCUUUAGUGUCUUUAGUAUUCCUCUAUAGCAAGAAAUCAUUAUAUUGAAGGACAUUUAAAUGCCUGGUAUGGACCUUGUAGCUUGGACUAAAUGGAAAAAACAUAAUAUGUAUAUUUAUAUCAUCAGUCUUUGUUACUAAGAAUUGAUGAUGCUAGAGACACCACAAAAUAUUACACUCAGAACUUGUUAAAGUUU